ACCACAUGAUCAAGUAUAUAAGCAUAUCACCAUACCCACCCUCUGUUUCUCAAACUUCCCCCAAUCAUCAUAACCAACAAUGGGUUGCUGCGCCAGCAAGUGCAAGCCCAGGAAGCCGAAUUUCGCCGCCGCCGCAGAAGAAUUCCGCUAUGUCCAGGACAAGCUCGUCGUCUCCCAACAACCGCCCAUCGCCAGAACUCCACCAAUCUUCCACUAUCACCACCUUCCCUCCAACAGAAUCUCCCCCAUCUUCCCUCUUUCACCCACUGCUUCUUCUUCUUCCGAUUCACUUCCUUCCUUCAGCCGCAGCCUCCGUCGCGGAAGCCUCAACUCCACUACCUCGACCACGACCAGCAACAGUAGCUCUAGCUCCUCCGUCUUAACAUCGAAAGAUCGCUCAUUUUCCAACGAGUUCCUGUGGUCUUGCCUCAAGGAGAAUCCCCACGUUAUCUAUUUGAAUUCCAUCAAGGAAUGCGCCAAUAAGCUGCCAGAGUCCCCUGUUCCGAAACAGGGGAAAAAACAGAGUGUAAGGGGAUGCUCAAUCGCCACGCCCCAAAAAAGGGUCCGUUCUAGCUCGCCGGUUCCUCCAUUAACUAGACAGAAGUCCUUCCGGAGAGAGGAGGGACACGCCGGAAGUAGAAUGGUGAUGCGGUCGCCAUCUCCGAGCAGGAGGUUCUGGGAUGCAGAGUACUUGGACAGGGGAAUCCAGACGAUUACGGGCGAGGAGAUGUUUUCGAAGCCGAUUGUGGGAAAUCGUCAGGCGAGUGCGGCCAGCUUGAUGUCUCCAUAUGUGGAGAAGGGCGAGGUUUUGAAACCGGCGGCGGGUAGUUGUUUGAAGAGGAACAAAGAGACAUGUAUUCACCGUAUUACCUCCAAGAUCGACGAGUUGGCAGUUGCGGAAGCGAUGGCUCGGCAUGAAGGCCAGAGUGAUGCAGUGGAAGACAUUGAUAACCCUCUCAUUUCCUUAGAUUGCUUCAUUUUUCUCUGAGCACAUAUUUUUCUUUUGUGUUCCGUAUGCUUGAAAGCUCGUGGGCAGUGGGCAAACUGCAGUCACAUUCGGCUGUUCAUAGUUCUUUAUUUUCUGUUUUAUACGUACGUUUGAUUAAUAUUCGGUUGUUCGUAAAGUAUUAAGCUUUACC